UAGAAGCCAUGCUCAAAAUUCCUAACCCUUUUGAAUGAUGAAGUUAGUGCUCUUUGAGAAAGAAUCAAAUUGUAUAAAUAUUGUUUUCCGAAUAGAAAGCCAAAGCGAAUAGGUAUAGGUAUUAGAAGUCCAAACAAAUUAACGUUAGUCAAUAUUUUAGCCAAAUUCGUAGUGUACUAUUUUUUAGGGAUAAAAAAUUUAAGGAUAUAAUAGUCGUUCAGUAUUUAAAGAAUAUUUUGAUCAAUCAACAUUUAUAUUCAUGCUUUUAAAAUAAUAUAAAUAGAUAUAUAUAUAGACAAAUAGAUAAUUAAUCCAUGUAUUAUUAAUCCCUCCAUAACCCUAACAAGCUACCCCCUAAUUCAAUAAUGGAAAAAGUUCGUUCUUUUGAAGUGGUUUUGCCAUUGCUGGCGCUGGGAGGAGUGGCCCUUUGGAUAAAUUAUUACUACAGGAAAAGACCAACAAUAAGUAGAGGCCAACAAGAGGCAGCAGAGGUUGAUGAUGCAAAGGAGGAUUAUUUCAGUCAGCUACCAGAUGAUGUUUUGUUUUCCAUUCUUGCAAAUCUGACAGUAUGUGAGGCUGCUAGGACGACCAUUUUAUCGACAAAGUGGAAAUAUAUAUUUUACCUAGGCGUUGAAAGAUUAGACCUCUCAUUUUCUCGCUUUGUUUCUUACCCCAUUUCUUACCCCAUCAAAGACUUCAGCAAGUUCUUUAAAUUUUCUGUUGAGAUUCUCUCUCAAGCAUCCUCAUUGAAACAAUUGACUUUGUCCAAUUGCAUUGUGCUAUCAAGUCCCAACAUCCGUUUUAAUUCCCUCACGACCCUUGUUUUGAAUGGUGUUCUGUUAGCAAGCGGACAUCUAGAGGGUAUUCUGUCCUCAUGUUCGAAACUUAAGCAGUUAAUUAUUGAGAAUUGUAGACUUCCUUAUAAGCUACGACUCACUAGUACAGUAACAAGUAUUGUUAUUUGGGAUUGUGACGGAGUGAAAGAGAUUGAUCUUCAUGCUGCAGAUCUUCAUACGCUUGAGUUUACUAUGAAUAAUUACAACAAUUCGAACUACUUCCCAACAGAGACGAAGAUGUUCAGAAACCUUAGGACAUUAAGCUUGAUACUUAUGAUCAUGGAUGACUCUUUUGAGUUUGAGAUGGUCAAACUAUCCCCAAUCUUGGGUACUUGUCCUCUUCUUCAAUAUUUGAGUUUCGUGGUGAGUUAUCCAUAUUCAUAAUCUUCUUCUAUUCAUUAUUUGUAUAUUCUUUGCUGAUGGAUGUGAAAUUUCUGGUCUUCUGCAUAAACAGGCACUUACGUUUUUGAACUUAGAGGCUAUUUGUUUAGUGGUAAACUAGGGAUAAUGGUGAACUUGAAUUGCUACAUCGAUGCAAAGUUGACGAUAGAAAUAUCAUGUUGUGUUAAGAGGUCACAACUAUAAGACGAUAUGUUUUAAUGAUCUAACUUGAAAUUCUAGAAAUACACAAUUUUUGACUAAGUACAGAUAUCUUAUUCACAAGUAAAAUCCACUUGGUCUUUUCAGAAGUACUCUGAUAAUGUGAAAGAGCAUGAAUUUUAUAAUAAGUUGUAGAUAGUGCAGUUCUUUUGAUUGGUAAAAUUGUAUAGCACUUUAUGAAGUAUGCCUAACCCCAGAUAACUUGAUGAGGACAAAACUUCACUUAGCCAACAGAUGCUACACGCGCAAGCAGAAUGUAGUAUCUACCAGACAUCUUCUACUUCACUGCCCAGUAACAACAGACUUAUGGAACAUGUUUUUGUCUCUUUUCGGACUGAGCUGCGUAACGCCUGGAGAGCAUAAAGGAAGCCUAUGUGAGCUCGAAUAACAGGAAAGUUGGUAAAUCCAUCAAAAGAAUCUAUGUGAGCUAGGAUAACGGGAAAGUUGGUAAAUCCAUCAAAAGAAUCUGGAAACUAACCCCUUUUUGUAUCCUUUGGUGUGCUUGGAAUGAAAGAAACAGUAGAUGUUUUGAUAGAAUAGCAACUCCAACCACUCUCUUAAGGCUAGAUGUCUUUUUAUUUUUGUACAGCUAGAGUACCCUGAUCCCUGUAAACUCCCCUGGCCAUUUUUUGGACUUCAUUAGCUCCUUAACCAUAGUAUAGGAUGCACUAUAUUGAAGCUAACAAAUCUUUUGGGUUUUCUUCCUAUUGUAUUUUUGCAUCUUCCUGAUGCCAUUAAUGAUAUCACUUACUUCAUUAAAAAAAAACAAUCUUUUAGUUGCUGAAAAUUUCGUUAAAAUGACAUUCAAUAACAAAGUGUCACAUCAGUUUAGUUGGAACAGUGCAAAGUCUUCAAGAUCAAUUGCAAAGACUUGCAAACUGUAUGUUGUCAUAUAAGCAGGAGAUGUUAAACGUUGCUUUAGAAACUACAGAAAGGUCCAACCUUACUGGUAGCUGAAUCAAACGCUUAAUAAAAUUGAUUUAGUUGAAACACCUUUUCUUCAAUUUGAUGUGAUCCGCGGCGCAUUCAACUGAGUAUAUUCCUUAUAGCCCACUGUUAGUUCAGUUUAGCUUUGCUUAACUAAUAAGUCGUAGUUGUAAGCAGUGUGUUGAUCUCAUUCUCAUUGUGAUCUCAUGUAUCAAGAGAUUGGGGAGUAAAGGAUGAAAGAGGAAGUAGAAGGGCUCCUUUAUCUCCUACAUGUCACACUGAACUAAAACAAGUUACAUUCAAUGGAUUUGCUGGAACAGAAUCAGAGAUGGAAUUUGUUCUUUAUAUUAUGAGAAGUGCAAUAGUACUUGAGCAAAUGUUUCUCAGCCCCCGGUACAAGUAUUCUCGUUUUGUGCCACGGGAAGAUUCGAUUGCUUCACUUGAUCAAAGAAAACGCAACUCAAUCAAACAAAAACUACAUGGACAAGCUAUCUCGAGGAAAGCUGUGGUGAUCAUCCAAUAGGUUAUUGUACAAAUAUGCUAUGUUAGAGCUUUGUAGUCAUCAGUGGUUGGUAAAUUGGUAGAGCUUAUGAUAGGAGUGCCUACUUAUUUGUUAUUGCUAUACAAAAACAGAAAAAUGUAUUGUCUGCUUGAGCUGCGUUAAUUUUUCUUAGAAUGGAGCAAUUAUGUGAUAACUCCAUUGCUUCACUCAUUUUCUUGUUCAUUUAGACAGUUUCUGGUUUGGUAUGUCAACUGUCAAGCAUCCUUUAUUGUGUCUUGAAAGUUAUUGGUUCAUAACAAUCACUAUUCAUUAUAUGUAAGAACCGAAUUAAACUAUUUUAUUCCACCAAAUAAAUUUCAUAUUUGAUCACUUUGGAGUUUUAGAUUUCUUUGGUACUAUAUAACAACGCCGCCAUAAAGGGACCCCAAUUUGUUCGGGAUUGAGGCAUAAUUAUUAUUGUUGACUGUAUAUUUAGUCUUAAUUCUUUAUUGAUGGUUGUUUCAGACGCCUUUGGUACUUCGAUAUAGCGGUUUCAACUUCAUCUUGGUUGUGUAAGGGAAAGAUUAUCUUGUUGAUACAGGUUAUGUUAAUAUGGAUGGAUUUAUUGCUCCAUUUCCAGGAAUUCGGUAUCAUCUUCCUGAAUAUCGGGGUGCUAAUCUAUUACCUAGAAACACAAAUGAGUUAUUUAACCAACGGCAUGCAUCACUUAGAAAUGCCAUUUAGAAAUCUUUUGAUGCGCUGAAAACAAGAUUUCCAAUCCUCAAACUUGCUCCUCAAUAUGCUUUUCACACACAGAGGUACAUUAACAGAGUGCCUCCGCGUUUAGAGAUUUCAUUACAGCAGCAACGUGGAAUGACUUUAUCAAUAAAUGCGAAGAGUGGUGAAUCAUGCUUCUUGGAGAAAAGUUAUAUCCCAUAUUCACAAUCUACUUUUUUUUUGUUCUGUAAUUUAUGACGGGGUGUCUGGGCCAGCUUGCGGCGCACCUGGACUAAUUGCACUAGGUACGUGUUGCGUCCCACCAGCACAGGUAAUCGGGGAUAAUCUAAUUUAGAACCUUAUAUGUAAGAUACUAGAUGCUGAAUGUUUGGACCUGACUAGAUUCUUGGAUAUAAUAUCAGCGGGAAAAGGUAGGUUUGGUGCAUGCCAUAGGGAGAAGCAUUCAUCUUUUGCUUUGUAAUAGUAAGUUGUAAUAGCUAGCAUUGAUCAUCCAACUUGAGAAUCAUCCUCUUUUCCUCUUUUGUGCUAGAAUUAUGAGAUGUCAUUUGUUUCUGCCAUCAAUUAUGUAUUGAUGAUAGUAUCUUUUAA